CGACGAUCGCGUAUUGCGUCAUAAGUAAAGCGACGGACUUUGAGACCCGUCCUGUUCCGGGGGUGCUGGUUCCUCGGUCCCUUGACCCUCCUAAGAUCUAAAAGAGGGGAUGGCUUUACGCUGCUGGGAUGCAGCUCGCAGCCUGGGGUCCCGGAUAUUUGGAAGAUAUGCGUGCUCGGUUAGAGCAUUAAGUUCUUUGCCAGAUGAGAAAAAGAAAUUUUUGCAUAAUGGGCCAGACCUUCAAGAUUUUGUAUCUGGUGAUCUUGCAGACAAGAGUACCUGGGAUGAUUAUAAAGGAAACUUAAAGCGCCAGAAAGGAGAAAGGUUAAGACUACCUCCGUGGUUAAAGACAAAGAUACCCAUGGGUAAAAAUUACAAUAAGCUGAAAAAUACGUUGCGGAAUUUAAAUCUCCACACAGUAUGUGAGGAAGCCCGAUGUCCAAACAUCGGAGAGUGUUGGGGAGGUGGGGAAUAUGCCACCGCCACAGCCACGAUCAUGUUGAUGGGGGACACAUGCACAAGAGGUUGCAGAUUUUGCUCUGUUAAGACGGCAAGAAAUCCCCCUCCAUUGGAUCCCAGUGAGCCCGACAAUACGGCCAGAGCAAUCGCAGAGUGGGGUCUGGACUAUGUUGUGCUGACGUCUGUGGACCGAGAUGAUGUGGUCGAUGGGGGAGCUGAGCACAUUGCCAAGACAGUGUCAUGCUUGAAGGAAAGGAAUCCAAAAAUCCUCGUGGAAUGCCUCACCCCCGACUUCCGAGGAGAUCUGAGAGCUGUAGAAAAGGUGGCGCUGUCUGGACUAGAUGUGUAUGCACACAAUGUAGAGACGGUUCCAGAAUUACAGAGGAAAGUCCGUGAUCCCCGGGCCAAUUUUGACCAGUCUCUUCGUGUAUUGAAACAUGCCAAGGAGGUGCAGCCUGAUGUUGUUUCCAAAACAUCAAUAAUGCUGGGCCUCGGUGAGACAGACGAGCAGGUCUAUGCCACGAUGAAAGCUCUCCGUGCAGCCGAUGUGGACUGUUUAACUCUCGGGCAGUAUAUGCAGCCGACCAAGCGCCACCUUAAGGUUGAAGAGUACGUUACUCCUGAGAAGUUCAAAUACUGGGAAGAAGUAGGAAAUGAACUUGGAUUUCACUACACUGCAAGUGGCCCUUUGGUGCGAUCUUCAUAUAAAGCAGGUAAGCCUAAGCCUGACUGCAGGAGGUGGCUCUGUACCCACUACCUCCCCACAGUGAUGUUCCACCCCACAGCACUGAAGCCCUAAAGCAAAUUACAGUGGGAAUAAAAAGAGGUCUUUUUUCCUAGAAUGUCUUUCAUAGCUUUGUCAUAGGGUCAUAUUAAAAAGCUUCUCUUUGGAGAAAGGAGGGAGAGGGAGAGAAGCUGUAGCAGGACAAUAUGGCGGGUGGUGUUUAGAUUCCACGCUGUACCUUUACAGGUUGUUACAAAUGUUUUGUUGUUGUUGUUGUUGUUGUUAUUGUUGUUGUUGUUGUUUUUGUUUUUUUUUUUUUUCCGGAGCUGAGGACCGAACCCAGGGCCUUGCGCUUGCUAGGCAAGUGCUCUACCACUGAGCUAAAUCCCCAACCCCGUUAGAAAUGUUUUUAAGGGAUGGAUGUGUAUUGGGCUUUGUAUGUUUAGGUGGGCAAUUAUAUCUUAUCAAUUGGGCCAAAGGUUAUUGUGUUGUGUGUUCUUUCAUGUAGCAAUUUAAGUGUAAGAAAGUGUGCAGCGGCUGGUCUGGGCCGCCACCGAGUUGAGAUGUGUGUUUCUGGCAUGGAAACCUGCCUUGGGAACUAGAUAGGCAGAGAGAUUGCUGCCAGGCUCAGAGAGAGGCCUUCGGCAGUGUGAUAUGGGAUAAAGCAAAGAGGGUGAGAGGCUUUGCUGAUUGAGAAUUAAGAUAACCAGCAGAUAUCUUGGGGCACUGAGGAGCCGGACCUAGUGGGGAUAAAAGACAACCUUACUUUUUUUACUUUUUAUAUUUUUACAACAACAAUGUUGAAUACAUGCAAACAUUUAAAAUAAAAGAUAAAAAUACUUAAAAAAAAAAA